AUGGAUUCGAAGAAAGAGCUCGAAAUUGUGGAGGAGAGUAAUGGUGCCCAGACACCAAACCCGGGGAUCUUAGACCAGGAGCUUCCUGUACCAACCGCGCUCUCGUUUCAUGCAGUGAGUCCAGUUGAUGUUCGAGUCGAUGGUUUGACGGUACAAAUCGACACGACAGCCUCAAUAUGGCAGGUCUCUGCGACACAAGCAUGGAAACGGUUGUCGCGACCGAAAUCCAAGGUCGACGAUGCAUCCUACAAAACUAUACUUGAUGAUGUUGGCGCGCAUAUGCCAUCUGGUAGCCUAACCGCCAUCAUUGGAAGUAGUGGUUCUGGCAAAACAUCCUUGCUCAAUGUAAUGUCCGGGAGGAUGGAAUCUAACCGUCUGAAGAUCAUCGGUUCAACAACUUUCAAUGGCGACAGCAACAUUGCGCAUACGCGUAGCUCCUAUGUGAUGCAGCAGGAUGUGCUUAUCCCAACCCUAACGGUGAGGGAAACUUUACAGUAUGCUGCCGACUUGCGUCUUCCGCCGCCCAUCACACAUGCAGAACGAAAAGCGAUCGUUGAGCAGGUCAUUUUGGAGUUGGGCUUGAAAGAGUGCGCAGAUACUAGGAUUGGAAAUAGUGCUCAUAAGGGGUGCAGUGGAGGCGAGAAGAGACGGACUAGUAUUGGCGUACAGAUGCUGGCCAACCCAUCUGUAUUGUUUUGCGACGAGCCUACAACGGGUCUUGACGCCACAAGUGCAUAUCAGAUUAUCAGGACCUUGAAAGGCCUUGCAAGCAAAGGUCGUACUAUCGUUGUCUCAAUCCAUGCGCCGCGCUCAGAAAUUUGGAGUCUUUUCGACAAUGUUAUUCUGCUGUCCCGAGGCUCACCUUUGUACAGUGGUCCGGUAUCAGGAUCUCUGCCUUAUUUUUCUGAACUUGGAUAUACAAUGCCGACCUUUGUCAAUCCGGCCGAGUUUUUGAUUGAUCUGGCUGCUAUUGACAACCGUUCAUCGGAGCUAGAAGCUGCUUCGCUAGCUCGGGUGAACUUCCUUCGAGAGUCAUGGCGAACGAAGGAAAAGAAGUACGCUGAUCAUGGAGUCGAGGAGGCUGCUUCACAGAAGACUCAUCCGACUACACAGAAUGGUACGGAUAUCGAACCGGCCAGAACGGUGCCUUUUAGUCGAGAAUUCAGCGUGCUUACAUCGCGAACCUUCAAAACAACACUUCGUGACCCCCUCGGCGUAGCAGGCACUCUCUUUGAAGCAGUUGGCAUGGCAGUCAUCACGGGCUGGAUUUUCUUGCAACUGGACAAGAGUCAAGCUGGGAUCCGCUCUCGUGAAGGAAGUUUAUACACGGCCAGCAGCCUCAAUGGCUACCUAGUCUUGACGUAUGAAACAUUCCGACUGACUAUCGACAUACGGCUCUUUGACCGGGAGCGAAAUGAAGGUGUCGUCACGGUACCCGGGUUCCUUCUCAGCAGACGAGCUGCGCGAUUGCUCCUUGAAGACCUCCCGGCACCCAUAUUGUUUAGCAUUAUUUUUUACUUCAUGGUAGGAUACCGUCUGGACGUUGCCGCUUUUUUCAUCUUCUUGACCCUCUCAAUCCUGGUGCACUAUAUCGCAGUAUCAUUCGCAGCUGUUGGCGUCGGCAUCGCGCGCAGUUUCUCCGGCGCAGGCCUGGUUGCCAACCUUUCUUUCACCUUGCAAUCAUUUGCGUGUGGAUAUUUUGUGCAGUCAAAUCAGAUUCCAAUCUAUACAAGAUGGCUGAAGUGGACUGCCUAUACCUUCUAUGCGUUUGGUGCUCUAUGCUACAAUGAGUUCAUGGGUAUAAGUAGUCCUCCCUAUGGUCAGCUUUAUGACUGCCCUUUCUCAAAUGACCCCCUGGAUCCGGCAUGUAAGCAGUACACGGGCGUAUACAUCAUUGAAAGCUUAGGGUUGCCGCCCAAUUGGAUCUGGCGACCAUGCGUGAUUUUGGUAGCAUACGUGAUUGGGUUUUACUUCCUGGCAGGCCUCCUGCUCCAAUACAACAGAUUUGCUAUGGGUAUUGCGCAAGCCCGUAAAUCCGAUGGCGAAGCGCAAACUGGAAAGGAGGUGGCGGUAGUCCCACGUUCUACAGAGGGUGUUCGGCGCGUUGUAAUAUCACUCGACAAAUAUACGCUCGAGAUCAAGAAGAAGGAUUAUUUUUGGAGACCGUCUCGCACGAUUUCUAUCUUGCAAUCAAUCACCACCGAGUUUCAAGCUGGCCAGUUGAAUGUGAUCAUGGGGCCGUCCGGCAGUGGCAAGACAUCGUUGUUGAAUUCUAUUGCUCGAAGACUUCAUGGGUCGAUGGGUACGAAGUACAAACUCAGUGGCACCAUGUCUUAUGACGGCGCUAUUCCAAGUGAAAGUGUGAUUCGCUCCGUUACUUCUUUCGUCACACAAGACGACGAUGCACUUAUGCCCUCGCUUACCGUUCGCGAAAGUUUACGUUUUGCAGCUGGCUUGCGGCUUCCGAGGUGGAUGUCAAAGGAGGAAAAGAAUCGAAGAGCCGAGGAUAUUCUCAUGAAAAUGGGUCUGAAGGACUGCGCGGACAAUCUCAUUGGUAGCGAUUUGAUUAAGGGCAUCAGUGGCGGAGAGAAACGAAGGGUUACCAUUGCAAUACAAAUUCUGACAGACCCUAAGAUCUUGCUUCUUGACGAGCCUACAUCUGGAUUGGAUGCAUUCACUGCCACGUCGAUCAUGGAGGUAUUAAACAGCUUAGCUGCAGAGGGCCGAACACUCAUCAUGACAAUCCAUCAAUCAAGGUCAGAUAUUUUCCCGCAUUUCUCGAAUCUGCUACUUCUGGCUCGCGGAGGGCGUCCCGUCUACUCAGGCAGUGGAGAUAACAUGAUCCCCUAUUUUGGCUCUUUUGGGUACGACUGCCCACCGCAGACAAACCCGGCAGAUUUUGCUUUAGAUCUUAUCACUGUUGACCUACAGCAAGAAGAUCGCGAGGCAAUCACUCGAAAGAGGGUUCAACACCUGAUCACCGCAUGGCAGAGCAAUGAAACCGUUGUUACCAGGCAAACAUCUCAGAUUGCCACGCCUGCUGAGCUGGGUAGCCUUAAGAAAAAAAUGCAUCCCUUGCGCGUAACUUUCCCUUUGGUCCUCCAUCGGUCAACGAUCAACUUCUUCCGUCAACCCGAUUUGAUCAUGGCGCGAACCUCACAGGUUAUUGGCAUUGCCAUCAUUAUGGCGCUGUUUUUCGCCCCGAUGAAAAACGAUUAUACAGCUGUUCAAACUCGAAUGGGCUUUGUUCAGGAAUUUGCAGCGUUGUACUUUAUCGGCAUGCUGCAAAACAUCGCCGUCUAUCCCCCUGAACGAGACGUCUACUAUCGCGAAGAGGCAGAUCAUUGCUAUUCUGCGGAAACGUUUAUUCUGUCCUACACAGUGUUAGAACUGCCCUUUGAGAUACUUGCCUCUAUACUCUUCGGCGUCAUAGCGGCGUACGCAGUCAAUAUGGAGCGCAGCGUGCUGAUGUUCUUCGUUGCUGCAUUCAAUUGCUUCGCCAUUAUCAACGCUGGGGAGUCCCUCGGUAUCGUAUUUUGCACGUUAUUCGACCACGUCGGAUUCUCCGUCAACGUUACUUCAGUCAUCUUAUCCAUAUCAACGAUUAUGGGCGGCAUCAUGUCUUUGAAUCUCAACAAGGUUCUUCAGGGCUUCAAUCAUCUAUCUCCGAUCAAAUAUGCCGUUGCGAAUCUGGCGCCAUAUUCAAUGCGUAAUCAGUUGUUUACAUGCACGGAUGCCGAGCGUUUGCCGAAUGGACAGUGCCCCAUCACCAGCGGAAUACAGGUCCUGGACCUGUAUAAUCUGAACACAAAUCCUGGGUUAAAUGUUCUGUGGCUGGCCAUUUCGGUGAUUGUGUACCGAUUUCUGGCGUAUGUAAUCGUGAAAGGUGUUCGAAGCCGUGGAUUUUGGGAGCGUGUGAGGAGACUUCUGUCUAGAUUCCGUGAGUAA